AUGUUUAUAAACUAAGAACAUGUGAUAAAGUGUCCGCAACAUAAUCAUAAAAAAAUCAAGUAGUUUUGUACAAAUUAAAGUUGCCAAAUUGAGACAAAAAUUUUUUGUUCCGAAUGUAGACAUGAACAUGAGCAUAUGUGCUGCAAAUCAAUUUCAAUAAAGAAUAUUCCAAAAUAAGUUAUGCUUCAUGACAAACUCUAUAAAGAAAUAUUAGAAUCAAUAAAUGAUUUGGAGAAAUGUUUUUUAGAAAAAACAAAAUUUAUUAAAUCAGUAGUAUGUGGAUAUUAAAUUGAUGAAAUAUACUAGUACAUUACUAAUUUUGAAGAUUUAAAUUCUUUAGUAAAUAGGUUGAGAACACUACCUAAUGUAUCCAGUGAAAUAAAAUAAAUUUCAAAUAAUAUUAAAGACAUAUUAUAAGUGUUCUCAACUCAAAAAAUAAACUAUUUAGUCUAACAUUAAAAGGAAGAAUUAAGAACUACAAUUUUACAAAGGAUUGAAACAACCUGAU